CUUUCCCUUAGUGUCAGUGACAAAGCUAUCAACACUCAUACGAAGAACUUCACACGAUGGCAUCCUCUGCUUUGCUGGUUUUGCUGCUACUUCAGUUUGAACUUGGACAAAGCUCUCACAAGCAUCUUCAUGAAGAUCAUUAUAUUGGGCAGCAGCACAACCCUGAGCACGACAUGAAUGUCCUGCUGGGAGAUGAGGACACGGAGGAGAUCAAGAAACUUAGCCCAGCAGAACAGAGGAAGAAGAUGAUGGAAAUUGUAAAGAAGAUUGACACAAAUGCGGACAAUCUGCUAAGCGCAGAGGAGAUCACUCUAUGGAUUCAGCAAGUCUACAGAAAAUAUGCUCUGGAUGAUGCAGAUGAGCGGUUCCCUGAAUUUGACACUGACAAAGAUGGUGUUGUAACAUGGGAGGAAUACAACAUGGUAGCUCAUAACCAGCUCUUUAGUUUUGAUGAUAGCACAGUUCCUGAGGAUCCAGAGCAAGCAUCUCUCAGACAGCUUCAUGUGAAGGAGAGGAGGCGGUUUGACUUUGCUGAUGUGGACGGCACACCCGGCCUUAAUGUAACAGAGUUUCUGGCUUUCACCCACCCAUCUGAGGUGGAUCACAUGGCUGAUUUUGCCAUCGAAGAUGUGUUGAGUGAAUACGACAGAGAUAAAGAUGGAUUCAUCUGUCUAAGCGAAUUUAUCGGAGAUGUCCGUGGUGAUGAGGAUUCCCCUUCACAGUGGGAGAUCGAAGAAACAGUGCGAUUUAAAGACCUCUAUGAUCAAGACAAGGACGGCAAGUUGAAUCGAGAGGAGCAGCUUCGCUGGGUUGCACCUAAUAGCUACGGUUCAGCAAGAGAAGAGGCUCUUCACCUCAUCAAGGAAAUGGACAGCGAUGGAGAUGGGCAGCUCUCACAGGCUGAAGUUUUGAAAAAUCAAGAAACAUUCAUGAACAGUGAAGUGACAGACUAUGGCAGGCACCUGCACGUGUCACAUGAUGAAUUAUAACCACAUGUUCUUGUUUAUUGUAGAGUUUCAGCAUUUGUUUCCAUGUGGAUGUCAUGUAAUUUAUUUCCUGUGUUGUACGUUGGCAUUAGUCUUGGGAUUUACGUCACUCCCUGGAGGGAGGUGACCUUAUCUGUCUGUGCUCAAUUUGCAAUAGUAACAUGGACUAAAUAACAGGAAAUAUAUAUUGCAACAUGCGCACCACUGCAGGCUACAUCUAAAAUAUCUAGAGGGAUAUUUCAGUACCUUCACAGAAUAGUGUGCGUUGCAGGGGUUUUAUUUUGGAUUGCAUAAUAUUCUAACACCUUCCUGCUAUUUUGUCCACUGCCUACAUGCACAUACUCCUGAAGAACAGGCAGGUUUGACCAUCUUAACCACUUCUUUUAAGGACAUUAAAAAAAACUUAACUUAAAACUUAAAAUACAUUUUGUGGAUGUGCAAACCAACAGUCCUGUUAAUUAUUAUUAAAAAAAUGUAAUUGAAUAACUGUAGCUGUUUCAUGACUAGUUGUCCAUUUCCAUGCCCCAGAAGUGAAAUGACAGGCCUGUCUGUCCAGUUGUGGUAACUGCUGACAUAUUUCAGCUCUUCCUCAUUUAAAUCAAAUGAGUUAGUGAGUGAGUGUUGCUGAUUGAAGGCUGGUUUCCUGAAUGUGUCAUGAUCCGUUUCACUUGCAUCGAGCAACAGCCUGGUACACGGCUGGGCGUUGUAAAGUGACUUAAAGUUUAGUGGAUUCUCCAACGGGGGCUAUUUUAAACUGCUGAGAUGUCAUUACAAUUUAAAGAUGCCUUUUGGGUGAGUUAGUACAAUGCAACUAAUCUCUAUUUUUUUGUUGUUGUUGUUAAGUUUAGAGCUGAAAUUCAAAUUGACAGUGAGUUUUCACUGAACUGUGAAGUCAGUGUUGAAUUCAGCCAGCAUGUUCACUGCUGUUUUUGAACUAUAAAGUUUUAUGUGCCUUUCCA